GUUCCUGCGCUCGCCUCCUCUGCUGACGCUCAGCUCGCGCAGCGGGGGGACGUGUGCACACGACGCGCUGCCGUCCAACGCGUUCGUGCUGAUCCGCACGCAAACGCAGGCGAGCUGUCGUGCGGGCGGUGUGGAACGCGCCCUCUCUUCGCUGGAAGCAGCAGCAGCAGCUAGAGUUGCUGUCAUGUGAACCAGCUGGACGAACAAGGAAGGCGAUAAAUAACAAACACAACUCCGUCUUUUUGGAUCGAGGUUAUAUCUGGUGAGGGAGCAGGAUGGCGGGGGCAGAGGUUUACACCCCUGCGAACCCCACCUGCAAGAUUAUGACCUUCAGGCCCACCAUGGAGGAAUUCAAGGACUUCAACCAGUACCUGGUCUACAUGGAGUCUCAGGGUGCACACCGCGCAGGCCUGGCUAAGGUGAUUCCUCCUAAAGGCUGGAAGCCCCGGCGUACCUACGACGACAUAGACGAUCUAAUGAUUGAUGCUCCCAUCCAGCAGAUGAUGGCUGGCCAAUCAGGGCUCUUCACACAGUACAACAUCCAGAAGAAGCCGCUCAGCGUGCAGGAGUUCAGGCGAUUAGCCAACAGUGACAUGUACUGCACACCUCGCUACCUGAAUUAUGAAGACCUCGAGAGAAAAUAUUGGAAGAACCUCACUUUUGUAUCGCCUAUAUAUGGUGCUGAUGUCAGUGGCAGCCUCUACGACGAGGACGUGGAGGAGUGGAACAUUGGCCACCUGAACUCCAUCUUGGAUGUCAUUGAGGAGGACUGUGGCGUGUCCAUCCAGGGGGUUAACACCCCGUAUCUGUACUUUGGCAUGUGGAAGACCACCUUCUCCUGGCACACGGAGGAUAUGGACCUGUACAGCAUCAACUACCUGCACUUUGGAGAGCCCAAGUCCUGGUACGCCAUCCCCCCCGAGCACGGGAAGAGACUGGAGCGCCUGGCCACCGGUUUCUUUCCUAACAGCUUCAAGGGCUGUGAGGCUUUUCUUCGUCACAAGAUGACUCUAAUCUCCCCGUCCAUACUUAAGAAGUACGGCAUUCCCUUUGAUAAGAUUACUCAAGAACCUGGAGAGUUCAUGAUCACCUUCCCUUACGGGUACCACGCCGGCUUCAAUCAUGGCUUCAACUGUGCAGAGUCCACCAACUUUGCCACAGUGCGCUGGAUCGACUACGGCAAAGUAGCCACACAGUGCACGUGUAGCAAGGACAUGGUGAAGAUCUCCAUGGAACCCUUCGUGAAGCGCUUUCAUCCCGACCGCUACGCUAACUGGAUGGCGGGCAAAGACUCGGCCCCGCCCGACCACAUACUCGCCACUCCCAGCACAACGCCGGAGCUGCAGAGCUGGUUGCAGAGUCGGCGCAAAACCAAACCUGCCAACAAAAGCUGCACACACUCUCGAAUGCGCUCCAAACGCCUCAGAACCAGCGCGCAGCCCAUCGGCCUGGAUGGCAGCUCGGGUUUGACCGGCACCAAGAGGAAAGCCCUCAGCGGUCCGGCCGGGCCCAAGGUGCGAAGGACUGUGGCGGGGACAAGCUGCAGGGAAGAGGAGGAGAAAGAGAAGAAAAGGGAAGCGCAGUCCAAGCACACCCCGAAUCACUCAUCGGCUCACCUCUCUGGUCCUUGCAGACAGAUGUGUGUGGUCAAGGUAAAUCGCGUAGAGAGUAAUAGUUUGGGACUUUUGAAUACGGAGCCGUCCCAUGACUCCCGCUGCCUCUCCGGUGCCUCCCCUGCUUCAGCACUGACAAAGGACCUAAAGGCGGAGACGGGCGCACGCGACGACCCUCUACGCCGCUCAGGGUCAGGGGUCGCGACUCCUGAAGGUCUCGCACGGACGCAGCCGAAAAAUAACGAGCCCCGGUGCUGCUCUCCUGAACGGCGAGACCUCUGCACCUCUCAGGACUGCUCUGCCGGGGUCUCUCCCCCGGAGGCCGGCACACUGCGCUCACCGUCCCACACAACGGGCUCCUCCGCCGCGGCAGGUUGGGUGAGCUCGCGUCCCGCCGACCUCCGAGCUCCGCCAUCUAGCUCCCCGCGUGGAGCAGAGGCUUCAAGCCGGACGCCAAACACCGACUGCAGCACAAAGACUGGCGCUGAGAGCGACGCUAACGGCAGUGCUAAGGCACAGACCACAGACCCAGUCGGUCACACGCUACACAUAAAUCCACACCGCGCUACAGAAGCAUCCGUGGAGGGCGGUAGUUACACGGCAUGUGGCUCCCUCUCCCCUUCGGGGCACGGUCGCAGUUUGGAGAAAACCGAGGAGAACCUCCCCCCCCCUCUGCUACAAAGGAAUGCAGUGGAUAUGCCCCGACUCACUCUGGAACCGGCAGAUAAGGUCGGCAUCUCCCCGUUGCCCCCCGUGCUGAUCCAGGAGAUGCCGUCGCUCACCCCGGCCGACGACGCGCUCCCCGCCGCCCCGAAGCCGCGCCCGCGUGGCCACCAGGUGGCGCCGGUGCUUCAGCGGGAAACGUCGGCCAGCUGUCCCUCCUCACGCCGAGCGGAGCGGCAGGAGGAAGCCGGCUCCGUGAUGUCAAACCAACCUCUGACCGCAGGGCACGCCGGCCGGCGGCGUUUAGGUUCCCCACAUGACUCCGAUGGGGCGGCAGUGUCGGGUUCAGAAGGGAAAACGGCCCAUUCAACCGCCAACGCGCCGCACAAAACGCCCUCUGGCGGUAUCCGUGAGCCAGCAUUUGCUGCAGAAAAGGGCCGUCCAAAGCUGGGAAAUGUGGACGAGGCUUCGUCCCGCCGGCCCGCUGCAUCCGGUCUGAGCAGCUGUGGCUUCCUUUUAAAUGGCCCCUCAAGCAAUAACGCCGCCGCCUCCUCCUCCUCCUCCUCUCCAUUAUGCACUCAGAGUGACGGUCACCUGGCAUCACGACACCACGCCGCCUACUCCCCUUUGCAUUGUACUUCGGAGAACCCGUACACGGAGCCCAAACCCUUCUCCAGCAGCAUCUGGAAGAACUUCAAUUCCCAGGGUCCCGCAGUGCUCAUCCAGAGUCUGCACCCGGAGCUCCCCUCCGGCUUCAGCCACGACCCCUUGCCUUACACCAUGUGGACCGAACCGCGGUGCAAGGAGGUCACGGACCUGGAGGACGCCGAGCACGCCUUCUGCCAGUCGGGGAGCCGGGAAGACGGAGGCGUGCCUCUCACCUGGGCCCAGCUCGAGCCCACCUCGCUGGUUUCAGUCGGUGCCGUCGAGCCCCCGGGGCUUUGUGGGGAUUUUGACCUCCACAGAGGGGAAGCGGAGGGGUCCGAGGCCCUUUCCCUGUGCAGGGAGCUCGGCGCGCAAAGGGAGGCGGAGCAGAGCCGGCACUCGGGAUCUGCCGUUUCGCCCCUCGGGACGGGAAGGAGACAACGGGACGGUGUGUCUGAUAUGGAAGAAGGGGGGUCUGACGUGGACGAGGCGGAGCACCGAGGUGGGGUCGAGGGAGAGAGCAGUAGUGACUCCUCCAACAACGAGGAGGAGGAAAACGACACGAGCAACUGCGAGUGCGAAGAAUCGGGCCUGGAACCUGGGGAGGUUUGUGCCUACGCUGCGCUGUCAGUGAAGAGGACGACUAAGAGCCGGCGCCACCCACUCAGGAAGCCCACCGCGAGGGCCGUGCCCACUGCCGUCAAGCAGCAGGCUGCCAGUGACGACGAGCCCCCUGACGCAAGCCUGGAAGAGGACGACGAGGAGGAGGAGGGGGACGACGACGAGGACGAGGAGGGAGAGGAGGGGGAGGAAAUGGAGGCGUGGGCGAAACCCCUCAUCUACCUGUGGCAGAACAGGAAGAGCUGCUUCACGGCGGAGAGGGAGUUCAAUGCCCAUGCAGCCACCAUGCGGCCGCACUGUGCCGUGUGCACACUGUUCAGCCCUUAUGAGCAGGCAGAAGACGGCGCAGCUACCGUAGCGAAGGGCUCCUCCUCUCCGUCGGAGGGCCCCGCGCGGCCCUGCAGAGGUCUGAGGCGGACUCGCCCUCUGGUCCCCGAGAUCUGCUUCUCUUUCCGGGAGCAGAACUUUCCCCCAACUCCCACCAACCCGCUGCUGCAGGAAGACGGCACCUCCCCUCUGCUCUACUGCCAGGGCUGUUGCCUGCAAGUCCAUGCAAGUUGCUACGGUGUUGCUGCGGCCGAUCUCAGCGAGCAGUGGUCGUGCGACCGCUGUGCGGAAGGAAGCUUUACGGCAGAAUGCUGUCUGUGUAACCUCAGAGGUGGAGCUCUGAAGAAAACCCAAAGCGACAAAUGGGCCCACGUCAUGUGUGCCGUAGCACUGCCAGAGGCACGGUUCAGCAACGAAGCCAAGAGGAGUCCCAUCGACACCAGUGGGAUCCCCAUGCAGCGGUAUAAACUGAAGUGCAUCUAUUGUGGUGCGCGCGGCUCGGGGAAGCGGCGGCCCGGCGCUUGUGUCCAGUGCUCAUGUGGCCGGUGUCCCACCUCCUUUCACGUGACCUGUGCCCAUGCUGCCGGCGUGAUCAUGGAGCCGGAUGAUUGGCCGUAUGUGGUGUCAAUCACCUGCCAUAGACAUCAAUCACGGAGCUCGGCGGCUAAGCAGCGCGCGUGCCAAGCGCCGGUCUCACUGGGCCAGACGGUAAUCUGCAAGCACAAGAACCUGCGCUACUACAGCUCAAAGGUCACCCAGGUGACCUCCCAGACCUUCUACGAGGUCAUGUUCGAUGACGGCUCCUUCUCCAACGAUACCUACCCCGAGGAUAUAGUGAGCAGAGACUGCAUGGACUUGGGGCCUCCAGAAGUGGGGGAAGCUGUUCAGGUGAAGUGGCCCGACGGGCUGUUCUACGGGGCCAAAUACCUGGGAUCCAACGUAUCGCACAUGUAUCAGGUGGAGUUUGAGGACGGGUCUCAGGUUCUGGCAAAAAGAGAAGACGUCUACACUGUAGAGGAAGACCUGCCUAAAAAGGUGAAACGUAGACUUUCCAGCGCCUCAAGCAUGCGUUUCCAGGACGCCUUCUUCACCACGCAGGGCGAGAGGAAGCGGCAGAGAACCCCCAAUUCCCGCUUCCAGAAGGACUACGUGGCCCUGCCGGGCCUCCGCGGGGCGGCCAAGAGCUCGUGGGAGCAGCGCGGCCACAAGGGGAAUUGAAGUCUGGGCGAAGCAGUGGAUGUGUGCGUCUGCGUGCGUGUUGUCCGAUCCCCACGUGGCUGCUGGUGGAAUGGGGCGAGUGGGGUCUGAGGGAUGACGUCAUGGGUACGUCAUACAGCGAUUGUGAUUGGCCGGCGAGGAGAGCGUCGCCUCGUGCCGUCACAUCAGGGAAAAUAAACGCAACCUUUUCUUUUUUUUUUUAAACGACAAACUUUUUUUCUUUGUACAUGAAAAUAUUCAAAGGGGAGAUUUUUCUAAAUGGCUCGCCCACGGUAGCUUUUUUUGGGGGGGGGGGCUGUGCUAUUUUCAGAACUGAGUUAGAAUGUUUAUGCACUUUGCUUUAGUCUGUUCCCCUCCUGUCUUACUGUUGGUCACCGCAUGUUCCACAUUAUGUCCUGACUGCUCCUGCUGGAGUCCAAUGACACUACGAUGGCUUCCUCGCUUCCUUCACCCACAUGGACGAAAUGUAGUAAUUAUGUAACUUGUUAUUGAAAAAAUUAAUUUUUGCUGAGUUUAAGAGAAACCAAAUAUCAAUCAUGUCAAUCCCCUCCUAAGGUGAAAGAUUCAGGCAGGAAGCCACAACUUUGUGUUGGACUCGUGAAAUGCUACUGUCGUUCCAAUGAAUGAAACAUUGUCGAAAUUAUUUAAAAUUUGUAUUUAUUUUUGGCUUGCCAUAGUUAAACUAUUGCUAACUGCUGUAAUGAAAACAAUAAAAGUGUUUUUUUUCAUGA